ACAAGCAACGACGUCGUAUAUUCCCAAGUCAAACAAACAACUCAUCAUCAUCGACAAUCUGAGCUUCACCAUUAUUACCAUCAUCACCAAUCAAAAAUGUCAUGGUUCGCCAAAUCACUCGCCACAACUCUCAACCUCAACGACGACGAUGACAACUCCGAGUCAUCCCACCCCAAUCCCCAGACCGAGUCACCAACUCAUCCCAACUCGGACCCAACCGACUCAUCCAAUCGCGGAGUCAAAGAAGACUUAUCCGAACUCAAAAAAACCCUAACUCGCAAUUUCUGGGGCGUCGCCUCGUUUCUCGCGCCGCCUCCACCCUCUUCCUCCGAUUCGGACCCUAACGGAUCCGAUCCGGAUGACUCGGACUCUCCUGUGAUCCCGAACAUCCGUAACGACUUUGCGGAGAUUGGGGGCAAGUUUCGCAGUGGGAUUAGUAAGAUUUCUAAUAAUAUGGCGGUUGUUUCUGAGAUCACGUCGAAGAUGGCUUCGAAUUUUCUUCAGUUAGGAGUGGAGAAUGAGGAAGGGAGGGAUUAUUAUGAAUUUGGAGCUGUCGGUGUUACGGACAGAGUGGUGGAUUUUGUUAGAGAUGUUGUUAUGCAUCCCGAGACUUGGUUGGAUUUUCCUUUGCCUGAUAGUGAUGACGAGGAAGAUUUUGACAUGUCUGAUGCUCAGCAAGAGCAUGCACUGGCUGUUGAACGACUUGUGCCAAGAUUGGCUGCACUUAGGAUGGAACUUUGUCCUGGUUAUAUGAGUGAGACUUGCUUUUGGAAGAUAUACUUUGUACUUUUGCAUCCUAGACUUGAUCAACAUGAUGCUGAAGUUCUAUCAACACCCCAGAUUGUGAAAGCUAGAUCUCUGCUGACACAGAAUAAUUUGAGGAAUAAUUCUUCUGCAAAAUCAGAACUGGACACCUCACGUAGGGAAACUCUAUCUAUUGAAGAAGACAUGAAAUCACCAGCUGAAGAGUUUCUUUCUGCACCAUCUGCUACUAGAAUAAAAUCUGUACCUGUCGAGACAUCUGCUCUUGAGUCAGCUCCCCCACAAGCUGAUAUCGAGACUGAAAAGCAUCCUGUUCUAGUCAAUGAAGUUCGAAUUGUAGACAAGUCUGUCAUCCAAGAAGAGAAUGUGAUCCAGAAAAAAAAGCAAAAUCUGCCAUCUACUUCCUCUUCUAACGUCCUUGGGGAAACAGAUGAAGAUGAUGCAGAUGACUGGUUGAAGGAGGAAACCUCAGAAACAGUUAGUUCAAGUGAUAAGAUUAUUCCUAUUGACAAUGAUGAGGAUGUCUCAUUCAGUGAUCUUGAAGAUGAAGGAGAUGUUCCCACAAGUUACAAGAAAAAAGACUCGCGAGAUUGGGUUCAGUUAGAUGGGUCGAAGCAGGAUAGGCAUGAUCCUGAAAACAAGUAUUCUAAUGACUGGCUCGACCUGGAUGAGAUUGAAGUUGAAUGAUUUCAUCCCUGAUGUAUUAUAUAUCUACGAAAGAGAGUUAUUAUGCUCUGUUGUGAAUACCGUUUUCUAUUUAUGGAGUCUGUGGUGAGGCCUCCAAGACCUUACAUCUGUACAUAUAGUCAUACGAUAUGUGAAGAUGCGUCUGCCUUGCCAUCUUACAUGUUAUUAUCGGAAUUCCUGGACUUGAUUAAGUUAUUAUCAGAUAACAAAUGCUGAUGGCUUAUUUGGAAGGAAGAACCCCUUUUCUUAUGCACAAAGUAUUCAGUUCUAUUUAUAUCCUUUUGAUGUAAUCUGACAUUUCGUUAUGUUUGUUCUAUUCACUUUCAAGGAAUAAGGAUGAUAUAUAUUUUCUGAACA